AGUUAUUGUAAUCAUUGGAAAACGUUAAGUAAAAACCAAGCUUUAGCUUGGUCAUCACGAUAACUAUUAUAUACGUGUAUUAUAAGUUUAUUUCUUUGCUGUUUUAAUACAAUAUAAAAUUAUCAAAAUGUUUUUGAGUUUAUAUUUUAAACUAGUUGUGCUAAUAAUCGCCCAAAAUGCUGUAUCAGCUGAACGAAUAAAAGAUAUGAUUUAUAUGUCAAUCGAUGGAGUAGCAGCAUGUUUUCGUAGGCAUAAUGGAACACAUCAGUUUGGUUGUUCCUCAUUACGAGGUGGAAGUGUUGGAGUAAUUCAGCUUGUAGAAACAUUUGAUGAUGUAAAAUGGUUAGAAACAAAUGCGACUGCUGGACCUUAUACAAUCGUUAUUCCCUUUUCAAUGUUCACAAAAGAUGUUAUGACUCGAUUAGAUGCAACGAAUAAUAUCAAUGGGGUUUUGAUUACCAAAAAUAGCACUGAUGCACUUCCGUCCGAUUAUUCGCCAGAAGACACAUGUCCAAAUAGAUAUUCAAGCCAUCAAAAAUGUCCACAAAAGCCUUGGAAUCCUUAUGGAAAUAGUUUUCUUUUGAAAGAUUGGAAAUUUCCAAUGUUUUAUAUGGAGAACAAUAAUGAAGUAUUGGAAGAAAUUAAGAAGUGCUAUUACAAAUAUAAUGCUAAUAAUUUAGAUGAGCAACAUGAAUAUCCCUUGUGUGCUAUUGAGAUGCAGUCAUUUAUGUCAUCUGCAUUGAAUUCUAAGACUUGUAUUAGACGUAAUAAACUGGUACUGUAUAUGAAUCCAACAAGAUUUUGUGAUCCUUUGGGUGAUUCCAAUGUUCACUGGCCUUUAGCACCUUUAAGUAAUGAAACAGAAUCGAUGAUUUUAGUCACAGCAAGACUUGAUGCUAGCUCUCAGUUUGAUGGUAUUGCACCUGGUGCUGAUGCUACUGUAGCUGGCCUUGUUACUUUUAUUGCAGCUGCUUAUCAUCUAUAUUCACUUAAUGCUACCGUCAAUCGUACCAAUGUUUUAUUUUCUUUGUUAAACGGUGAAUCGUUUGAUUACAUUGGAUCUAGUCGGUUUGUUUAUGAUCUCAAGAGAGGAAAGUUCAAUGCUCUAGCAGGGAAAACCCUCAAACUUGAACAAAUUAGUGCAAUUAUUGAAUUAAAUCAAAUUGGUGGAGAUAAACUUUAUCUUCAUGCUAAGAAUUACGAACAAAAUGAGUUGAUAAAAAGUUUACAAAAAUCUUUAUCUCUUGAAAACAUGACCUUACCGAACAGUAUCCCUCCUACAUCAGCUCAAACAUUUCUCGCUGCUAAACCAGAACUUCCAGUAGCUGUGUUGACUAGUUAUGGUGAACAGUUUGUUAAUCCAUUUUAUGGAGGAAUUUUGGAUAAUGCUGAACACCUAGGAAUUUAUCAAAAAGAAAUAAACGCAACUUUGGCCAAGUUAGCGGUAAAACUUGGUGAUGUCUUGUAUGAACAAGUAACUGGUAAAAAAUCACCAAGUGGAAAUGUAACUAAAAUAGAAGAAUUAAUAUCUGAAAUGUUAUCGUGUUAUUUGGAAACUGCUAAAUGUAAUUUGUUCCAAGCUGCAUCCCCACCAGGUGCAAGUGAUAUUUUACCAGAUCACUCAUUUUCACUGUAUGUUGGUGUAAGUGUACACCCCAAUCUUGUCACAAGUCUUACAGGACAGCUGUUAGCAUUACUCACAGGUGAAAAAUUGCCUGAAAUGACAGCACAUGAGUGCAAUGAACACAGACUUGCUUGGAUGGGUGGAUAUAAUUUAUCAGGAAUCUGUAUCAAUUCAACAGUUAAUUAUUCGUUAGCUCUUAGUCCAGCAUUUACGAUUAAAGACUACAAUUGGGAAAAUGGUGGAUAUUCAACAUGGACCGAAUCUCUAUGGACUACUCUCAGUGUCCGGAUGUUCUUGAAACCAUCAGCAGCGACUGAACGACUGACAAUAACUUUAGGAAGUGUAGUAGCAGUUUUAUCUUUUAUUAUUGUUUGGUUCAUAAAUUCACGAGCAGAAAUUUUAUUCGAUCAUACGGGAGCAACAGUUGAUUGCUAGGAAAAUGCCGCGGACCACAUAUCAAUGGUAAUAUUGAAUCAUCGGCAGGAUGACCAUGUCCCAGUGACCAGUCUUUGAUUGCGAGAAACAAAUAUUCGUGAUUCAAAUGUGUGGUACGCCCUCGGACAUAUCUUGAUUUUUUCCAUUCUUCACGCAUAGUGCCUCUAGUUUGCUAUCAGUGCAUUCUAGACGUUCUAUUGUGUAAGUUUGUGAGUGAAAUAUCAAAAAACUAAAUCAGUUAUUUUCUUUCAUGUUGCACACACGAGUUUGUGACUAAUUGAAUGCGUGAUUGUGUUACUUAUUUUAGUUACAAGUGAAAUAUUAUUGACGCUCAUUAAAUUAAAUUGAUGCAUUUUUUAAAUAUUAAUUCAGGGUAAAAUAAGUAAAAUAAUUUUUAGUAUAUGUAUUACUUGUAAUGUAAUAUAAUUAAUUAAUUCAUUCAUUAAUAAGUUAUUAACACAGAAAUAAUUUAAGUUUAGAUGUACAGUAAAAUCAUCAGGAUUUUUUUAAACAUUACUGUAUAACUCAUGGUAUAAAAUCGUUAUUUAUUAAUUAUAU